ACAAGCUCCAGUAGAACAAGGCAGUAAGCUUGACAGGUCAUUAACAGCAUGGUGAUUUCGUGACAGCUCUCGCCGCUCGCAGCCACCCAUGGCCGUCUCGCCAGUACUGCUGGCACUAGUGCUCAUCGUCUUCUUCCCUACGUUAACUUCUUGCUCUCCCGCCGAUGAGUUCAUCCAAUGCCUCUCGGAGAAGAUCCCGAGCGAGCUCCUGUACCCGCAGAACUCGACCGGAUUCAUGUCCGUGCUGUCGUCCUCGGUCCAGAACCCAAAGUUCCUGACCAACACCACGGCGCGUCCGUCGUGCAUCGUCACGGCCACGGCCGCCCCCCACGUCCAGGACGCCGUGCGCUGCGGCCGCCUGCAUGGCGUGCGGCUCCGCGUGCGCAGCGGCGGGCACGACUUCGAGGGCCUCUCGUACCGCUCCGUGCGCGACGACGGCCAAUCGUUCGCCGUGCUGGACCUGGCCAGGCUCCGCGCCGUGAGCAUCAGCCGCGGAAGCUGGUGGGAGGCGGCAACCGCGUGGGUGGACUCUGGCGCGACUCUGGGCGAGCUCUACUACGCGAUCGGGAAGGCGAGCCCCACGCUGGCGUUCCCGGGCGGCGCGUGCCCCACGGUCGGCGUCGGCGGGUUCCUGAGCGGCGGCGGCAUCGGCCUGAUGACCCGCAAGUACGGCAUUGGGACGGACAGCGUGGUGGACGCCAGGGUCGUCAACGCCGAUGGCGAGCUCCUCGACAGGGGUUCCAUGGGGGAGGACCUUUUCUGGGCCAUCCGUGGAGGCGGCGGCGAGAGCUUCGGCGUCGUGGUGUCGUGGCGGCUGAAGCUCUCCUCCAUGGUCUCUCCGACAGUAACCGUGUUCAACAUCGGCAAGACCUUCGACGAGUCGUCCACCGCCGCCGUGCUCGCCAAGUGGGAGACGCUCGCGCUCGACCAAUCCCUCCCGGACGAGCUCACCAUCCGCGUGGCCCUGCAAGGUAAAAACGUCUUCUUCCAGGCCCUCUUCCUCGGCGGCUGCACGCGGCUCGAGUACACGAUGCGCAGGCUCCUCCCAGAGCUCGGCAUGUCCUCGGCUGACUGCCGGGAGAUGAGCUGGCUGCGCGCCAUGUCGUUCAUCAGCCUGGGAAGCAUGGACACCCCCGUGGAGGCGAUGCUGAACCGGACCAACAACCUGGGCACCUAUGUCAAGAACAGGUCAGACUACGUGCGGCGCGCCGUCGGCAAGGCAGGCUGGGAGAGCAUCUCUCGGGAGCAUCUCUCCCCGAGCGGCGGCGCCGUGCUCAUGAUCCUGGAGCCGCACGGCGGGGCGGUCGCCAGAGUGAGCGCGGACUCCACGCCGUACCCGCACCGCGCCGGCGUGCUGUACAACGUCCAGUACGCCGUGUACUGGUGCUGCGACGCGGACGGCGGCGCGGCGGCCGCGGCGACCGGGCGGCUCGAUGGACUCUACGGGUUCAUGGAGCCGAUGGUAAGCAGCAACCCGAGGGAGGCCUUCGCCAAUUACCGCGACCUGGACAUCGGGCAGAACGCGGUCGGCGCCGACGGUCUGACGGCGUACGAGAGCGGGAGGGUCUGGGGCGAGAGGUACUUCAUGGGGAACUUCCGGCGGCUGGCGGCGGUGAAAGGGAAGGUUGACCCCGGCGACUACUUCAGGAACGAGCAGAGCAUCCCGCCGCUUCUGCAGUAGCCAUGGAGAUCGACUGACUUACUGAGUCGGCUAACGAGCGUGACAUCAAACAUGUAUGGGGGGAUAGCGAGAUUCACGUCGUCUUCCCCGAUAAAAAAAAAAGUCCACGUUGUGUUCGUCUCCAGGGAGGAAUAAAAAAUUCUGUUUUGCUAA